AUGUCAUCACUGCGUAUUAAAGUUCAGCUAGGGAAUGAAGCAUCAAAUGAUUAUCGUCAAAGAAGCAAUCUAAUUCUAAAAUUUGUCUAUGUUAUUGAAUCAACAUCACAUGUAACUAUUAAUGAUCUUAUUCAAGCAUUACAAAAAUAUAUUAAUAAACAUUUUUCCAAGAAUACGCAAAUAGUUCAAUUAACAACGCAUGAUGGUUUUGUUCUAUCAAACUCUGAUAUAUGUUCAGUUGUACUUAAAGAUAAUGAACAUAUUAUUUGUAUUGAUAUGGACACAUUUACAAAUCAAAUUUAUGCAACACUAGAUUUUAAUAAUUUAUGGUUCGAACUUAAACGCCACGAUGCUAGUGAUAAUCAAGAAAAGUGUAUUCAAAUCGGUCUCAAUAGUUUUUCUAAAUUGUUUAUACGAUUGUAUGGAACACAAGCUAUUAAUGGCAUUUAUAUAUUUAAUAUAUAUGAACUCAUUACUAUUGCUGAUGAAAAACGAAAAGGUAUUUAA